CGGCAGGCAGGCAGCAGGGAGUGAGGCUCACAGGGGAGGUGCGGGGACCCAAGGUGCAGCUCGAAUGGGACGGGGCCCCCAACCCUGGACAGAUGCAGUGCCCAACUUGAUGCCACCCCCAGCUUCUCCGGACUGAAGCGGGAAUGGCUGCAGCCACAGCUCCAAGGCUGGUCUGGCCCCCCUGGGGCGCCCUCCUGCUACUGCUCCUCCUGCUGGGUGGGAGCAGUGCCGGCUGCCCUGCUGUGUGCGACUGUGCCUCCCAGCCCCGGGCUGUGCUUUGUGCCCACCGGCGACUGGAGGUGGUGCCCGCGGGACUCCCUCUGGACACUGAGCUCCUGGACCUGAGUGGGAACCGCUUGUGGGGGCUGCAGCGGGGGAUGCUCUCCCGUCUGGGCCUGCUCCAGGAAUUGGACCUCAGCUACAACCAGCUCUCCAGCCUCGAGCCCGGGGCCUUCCUGGGCCUACAGAGCCUGCUCACCCUGAGGCUGCAAGGUAAUCGGCUGCGAAUCAUGGGGCCUGGGGUCUUCUCAGGCCUGUCUGCCCUCACGCUGCUGGACCUCCGCCUCAAUCAGAUCGUCCUCUUCCUUGACGGAGCUUUUGGGGACCUGGGCAGCCUCCAGCAGCUAGAGGUUGGGGACAACCACCUGGUGUUUGUGGCUCCGGGGGCCUUCGCUGGGCUGACCAAGCUGAGCACCCUCACCCUGGAGCGCUGCAACCUGAGCAUGGUGCCCAGCCUGGCCCUGGCUCGUCUCCCAGGGCUCGUGGCCCUAAGGCUUCGAGAACUGGACAUCGGGAGGCUGCCGGCGGGGGCUCUGCGGGGGCUGGGGCAGCUAAAGGAGUUGGAGAUCCACCACUGGCCAGCUCUGGAGGCUCUGGAGCCUGGGAGCCUAGUCGGGCUCAAUCUCAGCAGUCUGGCCAUCACCCGCUGCAAUCUCAGUUCAGUGCCCUUCCAAGCACUGCACCACCUGAGCUUCCUCAGGGUCCUGGAUCUCUCUCAGAACCCCAUCUCGGCCAUCCCUGCCCGAAGGCUCAGUCCCCUGGUGCGGCUCCAGGAACUGCGGCUGUCGGGGGCCUGCCUCACCUCCAUUGCCGCUCACGCCUUCCAUGGCUUGACUGCCUUCCACCUCCUGGACGUGGCGGACAACGCCCUUCAGACCCUCGAGGAAACAGCCUUCCCUUCCCCAGACAAACUGGUCACCCUGAGGCUGUCCGGCAACCCUCUGAACUGUGACUGCCGCCUCCUCUGGCUGCUCCGGCUCCGCCGCCGCCUGGACUUUGGCACGUCCCCCCCUGCCUGCGCGGGCCCCCAGCAUGUCCAGGGCAAGAGUCUGAGGGAGUUUUCAGACAUCCUACCCCCAGGGCACUUCACUUGCCAACCAGCCCUGAUUCGAAAGUCAGGACCACGAUGGGUGGUUGCAGAGGAGGGGGGGCAGGCUGUCUUUUUCUGCUCUGGAGAUGGAGACCCAGCUCCCACUGUCUCGUGGAUGAGGCCUCGGGGGGCCUGGCUGGGCAGGGCUGGGAGAGUGAGGGUCCUGGAGGACGGGACGCUGGAGAUUCGCUCAGUGCAGUUGCGGGACCGGGGCGCCUAUGUCUGUGUGGUCAGUAACGUUGCUGGGAACGACUCCCUGAGGACCUGGCUAGAAGUAAUUCAGGUGGAACCCCCAAAUGGCACUCUCUCUGACCCCAAUAUCACCAUGCCGGGGAUCCCAGGGCCUUUCUUCCUGGAUAGCAGAGGCGUAGCCAUGGUGCUAGCCGUCGGCUUCCUGCCCUUUCUCACCUCAGUGACCCUCUGUUUCGGCCUCAUUGCCCUCUGGAGCAAGGGCAAAGGCCGGGUCAAACAUCACAUGACCUUUGACUUUGUGGCACCCCGGCCCUCGGGGGACAAGAACUCGGGGAGUAACCGGGUCACUGCUAAGCUCUUCUGACCUUUCCUUCCACACUGGGGACCCAGCCAAGCCCAGCUUCAGAUACCAAAGGGGAGAAAACCAAGGCCACCGGCAUCAGAACCUAGUUCCAAGCCACUCAGACCUCCCAGACUCCUGCCUGCAUCAUGCCAGCAGCUAAUGAUGCCU